AUGUCAAUAAUAAAGCCACCUAAAUCAACUUUAUCCAAGGUUGAAAUUCAAGCAUUAGUAACAUUAAAUGAUCCAUCAAUCUCGUUUGCAAAGCCAGCAAAUGUUAGAAGUGAAGUUUGGACAAACUAUUCACAAGUUUAUUAUAAAAAUGAAGGUCUUGAUUAUAUAAUAUGUUCACAAUGUAAAGUGGUGUUAAAAUGGAUAAGUGAAAAUGGUACUAGAGUUAUGAGUCAUCAUAAUUGCACAAAGCAAAAAUCUGCCUCAACUACCCCAGUACGACAACGAACAAUUUCUUCGUAUUGUCGGCAAUCGUCUUUAUCAAAAGAAUGUCCUGUAAUUCAAAAGCAUAUUACAGAAGCAUGUGUAAUUUAA